CCGCCCCCCCCCCCGCGCCGCCCCCCGUCACCGCCACUAUGUCUAGCUACGGCGACCGUGACAGGCGAUCCCUUACCCCACCUUCUGCUGAGGAACGGCCGGGUGAGCGAGGCAUUCCCGGAUCUGAUCACGAGUAUGCAGCAAGCCCGUUCAUCGGGAAGAAAGAAGCCAUCUCCUCAGCAAGGUGUUCGUAACGCAGCUCUGUCCAGUAGUCCCCAACAAGCUCUGGCUAACCCUCUUACGCCUGAUGAAAAAGUGCAGCACCAGCUCAUGGAUCUACUUCUCAACUGCAGGAAGAGAGGAGAGAAGAGCUGCUAUCAAGUCAGGGCCAUGGCAAUCAUUCCUUGUAAAGAUUUCAUUUUCCUCGUUGAGUUUGACGAUGUCCUCCAUAUGGGAUAUGUCGAGCUGGCACUGUGGAUUGUGAACAGACUCAAAUAUAACCAAGACGUGAAUUUGCUGAGGCGGACGUUAGUGAAGUUCCUAGAGGCGGAACUUCCUCAUGCGAGAUCCGAAGUGAGAGACACCAGCUUGGAUUUCGUGGGCACUCCAAAGUCAAUGAAGCCUCUAUCUGAGUACACAUAUAGAGAUGUGGUAGAAUUGGAUACCUCAGUGUUGGGCAAUAUGCAUCAGCUGCUGAAAGUUAUCUUCCAUGGGAGGUUGAUAUACUUUGCUGGCUGCGAUCACCUCUAUGAUGAGUGGCGUGCCGGAAGAAGCUGGGCUGGGGAGUUCGAAGCCAAGGAUGUUUAUUUCUUGGAAUACAGCCAGAGCAGGAUAUCAUGCUGGAUCAGUGCCACUCCUACUGCGACAGGAAAGGGCUGCACUUCGACAGCCAAGACCCAUGAUAUGAAGAAGCGGAUGAAAGAGAUGAUGCCAAAGUACCAAAUCAAUGAUCAGUUCCCUGCAAACUUUGAUGCUCUGGAGAAAGACUUUGAGGCUUUAAAUGCGACUUCCAUCACCAUGACCCUGGUAUUGCAAUAUCUGCCCUAUCACGUGGCUAUGAUGCCGCUGCCUGCAACUGAAUAUCUCACCACGAAGCUGCACACAGUUCUUCAGAGUGUUCGUAUGGAUGUGGCCGAGUUUCAGGUGUACAAGGCAGUCUUUCACGACAAACCAGAUGGUGGAGAUGACUGGAGGGAGCCGUAUUUCAACUCGCCUGACCAAACUCUCAGGAGUGUUUAUCGGUAUGACAGGACAGGUACAGUGCCGAAGAAAGCUGUUGUGCAGGGAUCCGGGCAAGCUGGGCAGGGAUCCGGGCAAGCUGGGCAGGGAUCCGGGCAAGAUGGGCAGGGAUCCGGGCAAGAUGGGCAGGGAUCCGGGCAAGAUGGGCAGGAAUCCAGGCAAGCGAGGGGAGAUCCGGCUGGUAUUGACAAAUUCAAGGAGACUCGAGAAGGCAAGCUGGGUUAUAAGAGGCACAUUAAUAUGCAUGUGCAUCAGCAUGUGCCUGGCAGCACUCCAGGGCAGCAGAGGACCUUGACAGGCGUGUUUGAAGCUGAGUUGUAUUCAUCAAGUAACAACGGUAUAUUGGCUGAGAUAUCAAGGGAGCUGUUCAGUGGCAGGUCUACACAGAUGAAAUUGGCCACCCAGCUUGGCAUCAUCUAUGAGGCGUACCGGGCGAUGAGAUACAUUGGGGACAAGGGUGCUGUUGCUGUUGCUGAUGAUGGAACAACAUGAUUGCGUGAAGAGGAGUCUGAGGCAUGAUGUAGAAGUUAGCAGGCGCAGGUAGUUGGUUGUAAUGGUAUGUCCAUGUAUUUGGUGGAGAGGGUCAGGCUGACAGAGGGUCUUAAUUUGUUCUUCGUGUAGUAACUUAGCUGGAUCUUGGAGGAUGUGCAUGAUGCACACAGCUGGUGGCUAGUUGUUGAUUUUGGUAUGCGAUGCUGUGGCUGUUUGAUGUCUUGAAUGGUAGUGCCGUGCCCCAUGUCUUAUUUUGCUGUCGCUGUAGUAAAUUGUGGGUCCUGGAACCUGGAUGAUGUCGAUGUUUGCAGAAAUGUUAUGUACAAAGCUGGUGACUGGUUGAUUUUGGUU